ACAAUUUUCAAAACAAAACACAACUACAUCCGAUUGAAUUCCUCUGCCCAUUCAUCAUUAUCAGAUUCCAUUCUAUUUGAUUCUACCCUACCAUGACAAUGACGACGACAACAAACCAACCUACGCUCCCCCCUCUGUUCUUCCACAGCAAGGAAUCACAGCCCGUUUCAUCAUCUUCCGUGGAACUUCCUGCCGAACUGUUGCAUCAGUGUUUGGUGGAAUAUGCCGACUGGGGUGAUUUGGCCAAGGUUUCCUGUGUCCAAAAGGGCUGGUCUCACACCAUGAUGGCGGCUGCCGAGAAGGACCAAGAAUCCAAGUGGGAACUCGCUCAGGCACUUCUGGCGGGCAAGGCUGGAUUGGCUCCCAAUGCUACCCAGGCAUUUCGCUUGCUUUCGGAAUUGGCCAAUGUGCCGGUAGAUAACGACAAUUUGCCAACCACAACAGAAGAGUCUGCACAACAAGAGUGCUUUGCUCCCGCCAUGAAAGCCAUUGCCGAUUGCUACUUUCACGGACACGGUGUAAGCGCCAAGAAUCCUGAUGCCGGUGUGGCAUGGUUGCGGGCGGCCUACGAAAUGGGUCACGACUAUGAUGCCGCCCACGAUUUGGCAUUGGUCUACGAAUACGGCCGUCACGAUGUGGAAAUUGAUAUUUUUGCCGCGGCCGAAUGGUUGACCAAAGCCGCAACAGAAGGACACAUUGAAGCCAUGGCCGAAUUGGGGCUCUGUUAUGAACUCGGCUGUGGUGUUGUUCAGAGUGAUACCGAUGCCCUCGACUGGUAUAUGAAGGCGGCGGAAGCCGGACACAUUACCUCCAAAUUCUCCGUGGCAGAAGCCUUUGAAGAAGCCCGUGGGGUCCCGCAAUCCGACUCGGAAGCGUGUCUCUGGUAUUACAAGGCCGCCAUUGAAGGCGAUCACGACAGCAAAAUGGCAUUGCGCCGUCUCGAGGAAAUUGCUCGCAUCGUAGUACCCGGUGUGAGCGCCGUUAUCGAUGUCUAA